AGACUUCCUCUUGUAAAGUCUGACUUGCCCAGGGCUGCUUGUCUUCUUCACUCACACAGAAAUCUAACGAGAUGGGAAACAAAGCAGAGAAAUGCUACGAUCCCAAGGACUCCACGCUGGUUUUUGUGGAUGAAAAAGCAGAGAAAUGCUACGAUCCAAAGGACUCCACGCUGGUUUUUGUGGACGUUGACGAUCUAGACUAUUGUUAUGAAGAGUUCAAGUCUCUUAAGGCAAAGAUGUCCUGUGGACACGGUGUCACCCCUUCAUCCCUCACCAACUGGUGUCGUCGUUUGUUGAAUGAGGGCAGCAGCUCGUUUUCAUGUGGCACCUGUGGUGCCAAGUGGCCCUAUGUGGAAGUUCGUAAAAUGGCUCUUCUGACCCUGGAAGAAAGGGAGGAGUUUGAGAAAACCAUGGCCUUUAACGCUGCCAAGGAUGGAUUGGAGUGCAAAACGUGCCCUCAAUGCAACUCUUCAGUGGCAAGAAAGGAUGAAUCUAAUCUGUGUGUUGUGUGCCGCAUGUGCUCAAUCACAAAAUAUCAGCGUUAUGAAUUCUGCUGGCAGUGUCUGAGGGAGUGGAAGGGAUCUCGACCACGGUCAGACCGCUGUGAUAAUGAGGGCUGCACCUGCGUGGCACUAGACACACUCAGAACCUGCAAAGAAAUCGUCUUUGAGUCUCUGGAAGGUGUCAGUGGGUGUCCGUCCAUCCGAGCCUGUCCCACCUGUGGCCGGCUGCUGGAGCACAGCUCAAAAAAGUGUAAAAACCUCGUCUGUCCCCGGUGUACGGUGGAGUUCUGCUUUGUGUGUCUGAAGAUCACCAAAGAGUGUUUGAAAACAAGUAGACAUUAUGAGCCGUGCUCCAGCGGCGUGGCCCCGAGACAGACUUCUAUACCUAAAUGGCGUAACAAAUAAUGAAGACAAACUUUCCUCUGUAUGCUUCUGCUGUAUUGAUCUUAUUCAGCUUUUGCUCAAACAUCCUAAACAUCUUUAAAAUGUAUGAAAAUUUCACUAAACUGUAUCUUAAUUAAAAUGGAUAAAAAUGGGGGCAAAUGUCGAUUUGUGGUCUGUUUUUUUUUUAAUUCACAUUCAGCAGUAAUAUUCAAAGCUGAUGCAGUUAAACUUAUUCUUGAAUGUGUAGCUAAUGAAUGUACAUUUUAUGUUUCAUCUAAAACAUAGUGAUGGUAAAUUAAUCGAGCUGAGCUCCUUGAUGUGUUGUCCUCUCGUGUUUGUCAUCUCUUUAGAAUUAGCUUAUUGAAAGUAAACUCCCUUAAGAUGAAAUGCAUUCACAUUUUAUUGUUUAUGAUGUACAUCUUCUACACAAUUGUUUUCUUUUUGGCACACCAGGUGUCACUUUUUUGUGUAGUUCUCCAAAAGCUCAUGAAAUGUAUGAACAUCCAAUAAACCUCCCAGUUU